GCCGACUUCUCGCACGAUUUGGCGCUUUUCCGGUUGGUUGUUCCACACUGCGACGCCUUCAACGAUGUCUUUCCUGAGUUAGAUGACAUCCAGGAUGUCGACGAUGCUCGUCUCCGCGAGCUGUGUGUGGCCUGCGAGUUCCUCACUUCGAGAGCCAGGGUGGCGAUCCAGUGCGACGGCCUGGAAGAGACUGGCAUCGAGGCGGUGGGGGAGGCACUCCGGAGUAGCCCAGGAGUGCAACAGGUCUGCGUGGAGGCCACGGCCGUGGAUGCAGAGUGCGCCAAGCUCAUCGCCACCUUGUUGGACAAGUCUUCACCAGUGCAGUCCGUGACACUCGAUCCUGUCCGUCCCGAUGCCUUGGAUGACGAGGACGCCCAG